UUAAUCCCUCUUUUUCGCCCAGUUUCCCAAGCCAGCCUUGCCCGCCUUUACCAGCGGUUCCAGGCCUUGGACAAGGAUGACAAGGGCUACCUCACCCGAUACGACCUGGAAGGGAUUGGUGAGUUGGCGGUGAACCCCAUUGGAGACCGGAUCGUCAACGCCUUCUUCCCAAACGGGAGCGAGGUGGCUGACUUCCGUUCGUUUGCUCGUGUGCUCGCUCACUUCCGGCCAGUGGAGGGACCUGGCAACUCGGAGGACAUCAACAGCCGCCUUAGCAAGCUGAAGUUUGCUUUUCAGCUGUAUGACCAAGACAAGGAUGGCAAGAUCUCACGAGCUGAAAUGCUACAGGUCUUGAGAAUGAUGGUUGGCAUCCAGGUGACAGAUGACCAGCUUGAGAACAUCACCGACCGAACCAUCCAAGAGGCCGACAGAGAUGGAGACAACGCUAUCUCCUUCGAGGAGUUUGCCAAGUCGGUGGAAAAGCUGAAUAUUGAGCGGAAGAUGAGUCUGCGGAUCCUGAAAUGAUGGAGGUCCAGAGCGUCCCCCAAAUGGGAUUUGUGGCAAAGGCAAGGAGAACAUCCGCGCCCGGUCAGAUCUCUCGCUGGUUCCUGAUAGUCUCGCGGGCGCCCAGUUCACAGAACGCCUGUUGCAAGACGGGAGCCACGGGCUGGGGGCAGCUGACGCUUGGAGUCUGGUCCGCUGUCUGAGAGCAGGCCUCCGGUUAUAUAUUGGGAGAACUGCAAUCAGAAACUGAGCUUUUUGUUUAACGGUGAGGCGCUUAUUUCAUGCGUGAGGAUGCGUGGCAGGCCCUUUUGACUGUUUCAGAGAAAGGGGUAGAAUUCUCUGCUCCUUAUCACCCGCGCCCAUAUAGGAUGUCUUGGAAAGGGUGUUUUCUGGCUGUUUUGCCGUGUGUUUAGGAUGUGCGCAUUGUGAGUCCUUGUCUGGACAACUUUUGUUAACCAGGGGCAAAGGAGGGUCAACCAGGAAGCUUCUAGAGUCAAGCCAGGCCAUUUACUGAUCCAGUUAAUCCAGUCUUAUCAGUACUGAUUGGCAACGACUAACCCUACAAGAAAAGGAUGGAAUGUUUGGGACUGUUUCGCUCCACCAAAAAAGCCAUUAAGGAAGAACACAACUGAGGUUCAUAAAACCGUGCAUGAAGUGCUUAGGGAGAAUUUUUCUCCUUCCCCCCAAACACGAGGAUCAAAGAAGUUGAUGGGAAGGAAAUCUAAACUAGACAACUGCCAUUCUUCAGGUGUGUUUCGUUACUCUGUCGAAUUCAUAAGCACAAGCCGUGGAAAUGGCUGCUAAUUCGUUGGAUUUCAGAAGGGACCAGACACAUCCACAGCCAGGUUAAUCAAGGGCUCUCGGUCUGAAAGUCAGUGACCUCCAAAUGCCAGUUCAGGGGAACAGGCGGGAGGGGAGGGUCUCCAUCUGCUUGUGAGUACCCGAGAGGCAAAACCGUGCAAAGCAAAAAUGCUUGAUAGUCAUCGGCUUUAGCCUGAUCCAGCUGGCCUGUGCUGAUGUUCACGGCUCACUGAGGCUUUCCUGAAGAUGCUAGCGCUGGACUUUAGACAACGCAGGUGCUCUGCCCAGCUGCAGCCUUUACCAAUUGGAUUGCACACCCCUAAAGUGUUGACAUUGACCCUGCCCCUUUUAAACCACACUCCUAAGAGAUAAGGGCCAGCAAAAUUCUGCCGUAGACUUACAACGAUAUAGAUUAAAAGCUUCAUUAACCUGGA